AUGCAAUGCAGAACAGUGGCAAAGAAGAAAAGAAAAGGCCGAAACUGCGAAAAAGAGAAAGAGCCCUUCUCAUUAAGAAAUUUUACCAGCGACACUUAA